AUGAAGUACUUCUCUGCGCUACCGCUGGCUGCGAGCCUCGCCGCUGCCCAGAUGUCCGUCAUGAGCCUCGCACCAGAAGCGCCAAGCGGACAGAUGACACACACUGUCGUGGUCGGUGGAUUGAAACCCGUCGCAACCGGAAUGGCAGCAGUAUUAGGAUACUCGCCCGAGUCAAUCACCGCAAACGUGGGCGACAUGGUCAUGUUCGUCUUCAUGCAGAAGAACCACACCGCCACGCAAUCGACAUUCGACAACCCUUGCAAGAAGAUGGAUGGAGGAAUGGACUCGGGCUUCAUGCCCAACCCCGAGGGCAAGGCCGGAGUUACGUGGAACAUGACCGUUGAGACCACGGACCCGCUCUGGUUCUACUGCAAACAGCAAAACGGCGUCCACUGCGGCAAGGGAAUGGUCAUGUCCAUAAACGCGCCCACGACCGGAGAUAAGACCAUGGCCAACUUCAAGCAGCUCGCCAUUCAGAAGAACGGAACCGAGCAAGCGCCGCUCACCACCGCCGGCAUCCAGAAUGUCCAGCCCGGUGCCCAGGCCGCGCCCAGCACCGUCACCGUUCAGGCCGGAGGCGCCGCUGCUACGGGCACUGGCGCUGCUGCCGUGGGAACAGCAACCGUGGCCGCUGGAACCGGAAUCGAUGGCGCAGGCAACACGUGCGCAUGCUCGUGCCUCUGUGGCGUGAACUCGUUCCCCGCCGCCGCCGCCGUCAACAACUUCGGUGGAUUCGCUGGAAUGAUCAACUAA